AUGUCGAGAGAUCCAUAUAUAGAUGUAAAGCGCGAGGUUGAAUCAACUUUGUCAACCUUACCUUCCCUACUCUCAUCAUACUCUCCCUCCUCCUCGUCUUCGUCUUCAUCUGGAGUCCAUGAGGAGCUGAGAAACACACUACAAAUUCUAGAAGAUGAUUUGGAGGAUUUGGAAGAAAGCGUGAGGGUCGUGGAAGGUAUGGGAGAUAAAUGGGGUAUAUCACAAAUUGAGGUAUCGCAAAGAAGGAGAUUUGUAGAAUCAGUGAAAAGAGAAGUGAACGGAUUAAGAGCGAAGAUAUCAAGUGGAAACAAUAAGAACCGUCGUGACGAAGAAAAAGGAAAAGGAAAAGGAAAAGGAAAAGGGAAAUCAAAAGCUGGUAUAGGUAAAAAUGGAAGAUAUAGAGAUAACCCAUAUCAUGAAAUUGACCUUGAACGUGGUGACCAAGAUGAUGAUCGAGAUGAUGAUGAGGAAGAUCUGGAAGAGGCCAAGAGAUGGGAAGCGGAACAACAACAACUAUUCGUACAGAGACAAGAUGAUACGCUAGGUGUGAUAUCGGGCACUUUACAUACUCUGGCUAGUCAAGCUGGAUUAAUAGGUAAUGAAGUAUCAGAGCAAAGCGAGAUGUUGGACGAUCUGGGUAAUAGAGUAGAUAACACAGAUACGAAACUACGUAAAGUCUCAAAGACAAUGCAAGAUUUCAUAAGGCGUAAUGAAGAAACGAAAUCAGGUUGGUGUAUUGGGAUUCUUAUAGUGAUCCUCGUGAUUCUGUUAUUGCUGGUGAUCAUCACAUGA